AUGGAGCCGAAAUCUUUACCCUCAAGUAAUCAAAAUAUUCCUACAACAGAGUCUAAGAUCAAAGAGAUGGCGCCUAGGAACCUGAAUACUUUACCAUCUACAAAUAUCAAGCAGCCAGAUACUAAUGAAGUUGUCAGUGGAGAAUUGCCUAAUGGAAAAGUCAUGAAUACAAGCUCGAAUAAUCGGUCAACUCGUCCAUCAUCAGAUAGUACCUCAAACCAAACAAUCAGAGCAACUCCUUUUCUUUUCCGCGGGCAGGAGCAGGGUUCUAGUGACCCAGUAAAGUCAACGAGAAUGUUCACAGAAGAGGCUCAAAAGCCGCAGACUUCUCAUCAUUCAUCAGUUGAUACUCUUCCGCAGACACCAUCAAUUCCAUCUGCCCAAAGAGAGGCCUCAGGCAAUGCUUCAGCAGCAGCUGCUCAGACAUGGAUGUCUUCAGGGGCAGGAGGGUUUAAACUAGGACCUGAGAAUUCUGGUUCAUCCAAAAAUCAGAUUUCUGCAGAUUCUCUUCACAACUCAACAAGAGAGUUCCAUCAGCAUAUUUCAAGAAUUCAGGGAGAGUUUCCUUCUGGUGGAAUGUCUCUCCAGUCUAAUAAGAACAAUUUUCCAUUUCAUUCAUAUAGACCUCAACCUAGUCACGUAAGUGUUGUUUCACAGUUGCCCAACCGACCUAGGAUUUUCCCUCAAUCAACAUCCGCGGACCAAUCUAGAUUUCAAAUGCAAACCUCUUGGCAAGGUCUCAGUCCUCAAAGCCAACCAAGGCAGAAACAAGAAACUCUUCCGCCUGACUUGAAUAUUGAUUGUCAAUCUCCAGGGUCACCUGCAAAACAAUCUUCUGGUGUUGUUGAUUCACAGCAACCAGACCUAGCUUUGCAAUUAUGA